AUGGCGCCUAAUCAUUCAAAGGAAGAAAGCUUGCAUAAUAAAACAUCUGGUUUUCCAUAUCCCAUUUUGUGCUUAGAAGAUUACGAAAUUAACCCGGAGACUGGUUUUUUACCGUCCACUCCUCCUUUAACACGUUUAACUGACCCUUAUUACUCUCCUUGGGAGCAAAUAAUAGAUAUUUAUCAUGACUUGAUUUUGGCUGGUCGCUUGCGAGAGUCCAUUAAUAAGUUGCCAAUUUUGGAAACUGAUAACCUCAAAUCAAUACCAGAAUAUAGACGUGCAUUUUUAGUUCUCUCCAUUUUAGCACAUGGCUAUGUGUGGGGAAAAUAUGAAGCAGUGGAAGAUUUAUUGCCAACCUGCAUCGCAAAACCGUGGGUAAAAGUUUCCGAAGUUCUUGAAAUAGCACCUGUUUGUAAUCACGCUGCGGUUGUUCUAUGGAAUUGGCGAUUGAUUUUUCCGGAUGCGCCAUUGGACUUAAAUAAUCUUGCUACAUUAAUUACGUUCACCAACACGGAAGAUGAGGCGUGGUUCUAUCUUGUGACCACUGCCAUUGAGUCUAUAGGGGGACGUGCGCUCAUUGCCAUAAUUUCUGCUCUCGAAGCUGUACGGGAUCGAGACAACUUUAAACUAAUUUCUGCUUUGACGGCGAUAUGUUCCGCAAUGAAGGAUAUCAACCAGACCUUGCAAAGAAUGUUUAGUAAAUGUGAUCCUUACAUAUUCUAUUGGAAAGUCCGUCCUUAUUUGGCGGGCUGGGAGAAUGAGGAUCGAUUACCAAAAGGAUUGAUAUAUGAGGGUGUUGAUCAACCUGAUGAAAAUGGAAAUCCAGUUUAUCGUCAAUAUGUAGGUGGCAGUGCCGGCCAGAGCGCAUUAAUUCAAGCAAUUGAUAUUGCCUUGAAUAUCGAGCAUUAUCCGACUGGAGUCAAAACGGGUAUAACAAAUAAAGUAUCUUCGUUUGAGGUAAAAGAGCAUCUUCGUGAAGAACCAAAUGGAUAUUGCUAUGCUGCAAGGAGCAUACAUUCAUUAAGCAGCACCAAUUCUCAGUGUUAUCAUCUCCGAAGCCAAAAUCAACAACUCGAAUUUGAGAAAACUUACUCUAAUGCUCCCAAUAAUAAAAAGUCUCAACAACCUCAACAACCAUAUCUUCAUAAAAUACGACAGAAUAUACCGGGACCACAUCGAAGAUUCUUGGAAGAUCUUGCGAAAGUUGCCAACAUUCGUCAAUACAUUUUGACACGAACCAAACUCCCUUUAGAUGAUGAAAUACGGGGAUUAGAUGCCGAUAAAGAUGAUUCUUUAGUUAAAGCAUAUAAUGAUUGUUUGAAUGAAAUGAAAAAUUUUAGAAAUAAACAUUUACAAAUUGUGAGUGCAUACAUUGUAAUUCAAUCGCAUCGAGGAGGUGGUCAGUUUCAUGCUGCGGGCACAACCGAGUCAUCAUUGCAUAAAGAUCCUUAUUUCACAAGACAAUCUGUGACCACAAUGACUCAUAAAACCAACACCACCACCAACACUAAUGAUAAUUCCACAAAUAAUACACUUACCCCAUUGAAUCAUCAGACUAUAGAAUCUAAAAUCACAUCAAAGACUACAAAUGGUUCUCUCAAAGGAACCGGUGGAACCAAUUUGAUGCCGUUUUUGAAGCAAAUGCGUGACGAAACGAUUGCUAAGGAAAUUUAA